CAGGAUUUUUCAAAAUCCAACUGUCUCUUGCUAGUUUUACCAUCCCUAGCUAUAAAUCGUGCAGCAUUUGGAGUUUAGCCCAUAUAAACAAAUUUGAACUAUUAAAAAACAGUCUGCUUGAUAUCUUGCAUGUAUUUUCGGGGCAUUAGAGGAAAGGGUGGUGCAAUCAAACACUUUAAAAACCUCAUGUGAGUGCCCGCCCCCACCUCAUGCCAGUGAAUCCCAAUGACGAUGAGUCGCAUGCACCAAACACGAUAUAUUUGACCACGAUGUGUUCAAUUCCCGGGCUUCCAACGCCAGGAUCAGAAGUGCCUGUUCUCAUCACAAGAGUAAACCUAAACCCCAGUUGUGGUCUUGUAGAAUUAUGGGUUAAUAUAGGUGAUGGAAGGAAGCAUAUUUAUGAGCAGAUGAGAGAGGACAUUCAGAUUCCUAAAAGGAAGUUUUAUGGAUCAGAAGAAAAACCAGGGGACCUCUGUCUGGUUCACAUCGGUGACACCUGGCACAGAGCUCGGAUUGUAGCGAUUCAAAGUGAAACUUACAAUGUUUUUCUAAUUGACCAGGGACAGCCCUAUAUCACCACAAGUGAAGCUUUAGCAUGGGGCCAGAGUGACAGUUUUCUCCUUCCUCCUGAAAUUGAAUCAUGCAUACUCGCAAAUGUCCUCGCCCUUGAGAAUAACUGGCCUGAAAGAGCCACAAAGUUUUGGAAGUCUCUGCCUGGCAAAAAGUUCAAGGGACUUGUUCAACAUGUGCUGAUGCCAGACAGGACCAUUCUCCUAGACAUACCAAUUGUUUCCAAGCACAUGUGUAAGUUUGGAGUUGCAAAGAAGAUUCCAGUAGACAAGUUCAAAUGCCUUGUACUGAAAUGUCUUCACUUACCAAAAGGAGAGGCUUCUGAGGCUGACCGCACAGCGCAGGAACUGAAUCUGAAUGUUAGUUGCCAACUUGUGAAGCAUGACCAAUACUUUUACCCAGAACUGUUAACUGACUUUUUUGAAACUGUUAACGUGACAGAGGUAACUAAUCCACAGAAUUUGUUUUGCAAACUCCUCAUUUUUUCCAAGGCAUUGAAGACAUUAUCAGAGCAGAUCCACCAGCACUAUGAAGAGAGCUCAGAUUCAGAAGAGGCACAACCACAGACCUGCAGGGAUCCAUGUGCUGCUAGAGGGAUAAAUGGCAGAUGGCAUCGCUCGUUACUAAAGCAAAACAUGACUAGUGAUGGUGCUGUAGAAGUCUUGCAUGUGGAUGAAGGAAAAACUGAAUUAGUCCCAGUUGGAGACAUCAAACCACUGCAUGGAAAAUUCCUGAGAAUGCCAGUUGUCACAUAUCCCUGUUCUCUUGAUGGUGUAAAAGAUAAUGGCACAGGGUGGACUACAGACCAGACUGAUUACUUGAAAUCACUGCUCCUGCACCAGACAGUCGUGGCAAGGUUUGACCACCACAGUAUACCUCAAGAUGUCUAUUAUGUCACUCUCUAUGCAGCUAAUGGUGCAUGCAUAAACAAUUGUUUUAUAGAAAAGGCCGGACUUUUUCCACCCUCUAAGACUGAAGAAGAUUCAAAUGUCCAGAAUGAACCCAUUCCCUCAUCAUUUCUCAGUUCACUUGAAAACAAACAAUGCUUGGAUUUACAGAACAAUGUCAACGUAAAUGUUGAUGGUUUACUAGAGGAAACUUUGCCAAGCACCAAGAACGUAGCAGUCAAUGGCAGGACAGAUGACGUACCUACUUCUAGCACUGAUGAUAUUCAUAUCAAAGAUUGCUCAGAACAUCCAGACCCUCUAAUACAGAGCAAUGGGCAUCUUUCAACAAGUUUCCCCUCUGAUGUGCAAAAUACUUGUGAUGACAAUGUGUUUACUGUAGGAAGUAGUGUCAAUGUAAAAGUAUCUUGCAUUGAAAGUCUACAGAAGUUCUGGUGUCAAACAACAGAAAAUGAUGACUCUCUUAGACUCCUUAUGCAAGACCUGCAAAACCACGAUGCAUCCGUUGUAAAAACUGUAACGUGUGAUGAAGAAGGUCUGCUGCCUAACGUGGUAGAUAUUGAAACACCAUCUGACAGCGCAUGCAAGCUUCUGGCUCAGAAAUGUGCACAGGCUGAAGCUCACGUGCAAAUUCCACCCCAGGUCCUAUCGGAUGCAUACAGUUACUCCACACACAAUAUUGAGGUGGGUGGAAAUGAAAUUGUGUGGGUAACAGCUUCAGAGAAUGUCAAUCAAUUCUACUGCCAACUGGACAGAAAUUUUCAUUUAUUGACGAAAAUAAUGGAAAAUGUUCAACAACUCAUUGCCCAGCCACAGCGCAUAGGUCACCCACUUGGACUUAAUAGCAUUUGCUUUGCUAGGUACACUGAUAAUCAGUGGAACAGAGGUCAAGUAGUAGAAAUGUCUCCAAAAUUUACAGUGCACUUUGUGGACUAUGGUCAGACCCUUGCAGUGAAUGAAUCUGAUAUUUGCCCCUUUCCCACUGAAGCAAGUAUAGCCAUGUCUGUUCCUGUGCAGGCUGUUCCACUUGGACUGUUUGACGUCCCUGCAGAAGUGCCACAGGAAGUCAAUCAGUGGUUUGCAGAUCAUGCUAUUGGCCAUAGUUUGACAAUUUCAGUGGUAGCAAAAGGGCCAAAAGGGAAGCUAAUUGUUGAACUGCUUGAUGGAUCGCUGAAUGUAAAUGUGAAAGUCAGAGAAAUGAUAUCAAAGAUGACACAACAAAAGAUGACUGGUCUCGUUCAGCAGAGAGACCAGCAGCUCGCUAACAGCUCAAAACAUGCUAGUGUGCCAAAUCAGGACUGUUUAACGCAAGAGCUCAUGAACAUAUCAGUAUUAACAAAGAUGACAGAAGAAAAUAAAGUCCACAGCAGCAGUGGAAUGUGUGCUACAGAUGAGCUUAAGAUGAAUUCAAAAUCCAUAACUAAUGUCUCUACACCAGAGAUUGAACAUGAAAAGACAUUGGAUGAAGGAAGAAAACCAACUUUGGAUGUCAUUCUUAAGGACAAACAAACUGUCUUGGCAGAGACUUUCAUACAAGGUGGCCACAGUGACUCAGAAAUUACACAACUUUCCCUUCCUUCUUGCCCCGAGGGAAAUGUGAACAUCUGCAUGUACAAGAGGCCAAACAUUUCUCUAAACAAGACAGAGGAGGUGUAUGCUUCCUGCAUUGUUGGACCACAUUACUUCUGGUGUCAGUACACCAACACUGAAGACCUGAACAUAGUGUCAACGCUUGCUCAGGAGGUAGGACUUCAUCAACAGGACAUGAUGUUCCUCAAGACUUUGGAUCCUGGCAGUCCAUGCCUUGCUCUGUUUUCCAGUGACAACCAGUGGUAUCGAGCUCAGGUAAUUCAGAGAACUGACAAUACACUCCAUGUUGUGUUUAUUGACUAUGGAAAUGAGUCUGAGGUUGACAUCAAGGAUGUGAGACCACUGCCUCAGAGUCUGCUGGAUGAGGCUCCGCAGGCCUUUUUGUGCUCUUUGAAUGGUUUUGAUGAGUCUAAGGGCUCCUGGGAUGACGAAGUUUAUGAAGAAUUCUACAAUCUUCUGGUUGAUAAACCACUCAAAGUAACAGUGUUCAACAUGGAAGACCACUCAGAGAUUGUGGUUCCUCAAUAUGCAGUGCAAAUAGUGUGUGAAAAUAUAGUUGUAAAUGACACAAUGCAGAAAUACUGGAAGCCAGUUGCCACAGAACAUGUUAUGACAGGAAAUCCUCAAACAGAAAACUUACUCAAAGAUGGUCAAACUGAGUUCAACAUGACACACCUCAGUGUUUCCAAAGGAAAUGCAAAUACUUGCAUGUACAAGAAGCCAAACAUUUCCAAAAGCAAAACAGAGAUGGUAUAUGCUUCUUGUAUUGUGGAACCCCAUUUCUUCUGGUGUCAGUACACCAACACAGAGGAGCUCAACAAAGUAUCAAGGCUUGCUCAGGAAGCAGGACAGGCACAGCAGGACAUAAUGUUCCCCAAGACUCUUGGUCCUGGCAGUCCAUGCCUUGCUCUGUUUUCCAGUGAUAAACAGUGGUAUCGAGCUCAAGUAAUUCGCAGAGUUGACGAUGCAUUCUGUGUUGUGUUUAUUGACUAUGGAAAUGAGUCUGACGUUGACAUCAAGGAUGUGAGACCACUGCCUCAGAGUCUGCUGGAUGAGGCUCCGCAGGCCUUUUUGUGCUCUUUGAAUGGUUUUGAUGAGUCUAAGGGCUCCUGGGAUGACGAAGUUUAUGAAGAAUUCUACAAUCUUCUGGUUGAUAAACCACUGAAACUUGUGAUGUUCAACAUGGGUGACCACUCAGAGAUUGCAGUUCCUCAGUAUGCAGUGCAAAUAAUGUGUGAAAAUAUGGUUGUAAAUGACACAAUGCAGAAAUACUGGAAACCAGUUGCCACAGACCAUGUUACGACAGGAAACCCUCAAACAGAAAACUUACUCCAAGAUGGUCAAACUGAGUCCAACAUAACACACCUCAGUGUUUCCAAAGGAAAUGCAAAUACUUGUAUGUACAAGAAGCCAAACAUUUCCAAAAGCAAGACAGAGAUGGUAUAUGCUUCUUGUAUUGUGGAACCCCAUUUCUUCUGGUGUCAGUACACCAACACAGAGGAGCUCAACAAAGUAUCAAGGCUUGCUCAGGAAGCAGGACAGGCACAGCAGGACAUAAUGUUCCCCAAGACUCUUGGUCCUGGCAGUCCAUGCCUUGCUCUGUUUUCCAGUGAUAAACAGUGGUAUCGAGCUCAAGUAAUUCGCAGAGUUGACGAUGCAUUCUGUGUUGUGUUUAUUGACUAUGGAAAUGAGUCUGACGUUGACAUCAAGGAUGUGAGACCACUGCCUCAGAGUCUGCUGGAUGAGGCUCCGCAGGCCUUUUUGUGCUCUUUGAAUGGUUUUGAUGAGUCUAAGGGCUCCUGGGAUGACGAAGUUUAUGAAGAAUUCUACAAUCUUCUGGUUGAUAAACCACUGAAACUUAUGAUGUUCAAAAUGGGUGACCACUCAGAGAUUGCAGUUCCUCAGUAUGCAGUGCAAAUUGAGUGCGAAGGAGCGGUUGUGAAUAUACUGAUGGAGAAAUACUGGAAAGGACUGGACACAGACCAUGCCUUGGCUGAAAGUUUGGGAUCAGCUCUGGACCCAGAUAAUUGCAAAUGUGGACACCCAGUUGUGACAGAGCAGUCUUGACUUUUGUGAACGGACAAUGCAUGUCUGUCUACUCCAGUAUAACUAACUAAAUGAAAUGAAGCUUGCCAUGUGGUUAAUUUGUGUCAAUAAACAUACAAUACUUGCA